AUGGCUUCCGAGCAACAAUCCUCCAGUCUGCCUUUUGGCCAGAAUGUCGCCCUGGGACAUGUCAGCGGUCCUACCUACUUGACUGCUCAGACCCUGGUCCAGCAGGUCGCAUACUCGCUCUCGGACAAGAUCUUCUCGUACUCGCCCGAAACCUUCGACCUUGAUGUCGCCGCAAAGAGCUGGGAAAGCGCCGGCGAGCAAAAUGUCCAUGGCUACAAGACCGGUCUCACUUCAAUGGAGACUCGCUCUGGUGCUGGUUCAAUUGCUCUCGGAUACAUGUUUUCCAAGGACUUUGACCUGAAGAAGCGUCACAUCCCUCAGUCCAUCGUCGCCUCCUCUGGUUCUCUUGCCCACUUGCGCCCCGCCCUUGACCAAUUGGCUCUCCUCUACAAUGUUGCCAAUCCUACCGUCGCCCACGUUGCUGCUGUUGACUAUGCCGCCAACUCAUCCACUGGUCUCGUUACCGACUACGUUUCGGCCCUCCGUCUCGCCGAGGAGCUCGGUUUGGGUCUGGUUGCAUCCGCCUCCGCUUACGAGAUGCAGCACAUGUCUCUGUUCGCUACCCUCAUGGCCUCGAUCGUCCCUUCUCUCCACGUUUACGACGGUAUCACUGUUGGCAGGGAGACCACCAGAAUCAUUGACGUCCUCGACAAGUCUGGUCUCAAGAAGACCUACGACGCCAUCCUGGGAGAUUCGUCCCUCACCGACAAGAAGCACUCUGACAACGAGGGCAGAGUCAGCCGUCUCAUGAAGGCUUUUAACAACGAGCUGGGCACUGACUACAAGCUAUUCGAGUACUCCGGUCACGCCGAGCCUGAGUCUGUUCUGGUCGUCUUCGGUACCGUCGAGGCUUCUCUGGCCUCGCAGAUUGCCCGUGCCCUUUCCGAGAAGGGUGUCAAGAUUGGUGUCAUCAAUGUCCGCGUGUACCGUCCCUUCGUUGAAGAGGAGUUCCUCGAAGUCCUUGCCCCCUCGGUCCAGAACGUUGCCGUCCUCGGCCAAGUCAUUGACCAGUCCGCCGUCACCGAUGAGUCCCAGCACUCUGGUCUCUACACCGACGUUCUUGCUGCCCUCAGCUUUGCUACCAUGAACAAGACCCCCGCUGUCUUCGACAUCAAGUACGCCAGAGAGCAAGUCUGGACACCUACAUCGGUCGCUGGCCUUCUGCAACAGAUUGGUCAGAAGAUCGACCAUGCCCCUACUGAGGCAGAGCGCUUCGAGCUCCCCACUGGUGAUGUGCAACAGUACACUUUCUGGGACGUUGACAGCUCAAACGCUGUUUCAGCUCCUAUCAUGGUUGGCCAACUGCUGUCCGGUGACUCCAAGCUCAACGUCAGUGUCCGCAGUGGUCACGAUAACCUCGUCGCUGGUGGUGCCAUCCGCACUGACAUUAGAACCUCAGCCAAGUCGAUCGAGGCUGCCUACUCCAUCAGCUCUGCUGACGUUGCCAUUGUCAAUGACGCUAGUCUGCUGAAGAGCUUUGACGUUCUCAAGUCUGUCAAGGAUGAGGGUACCGUUGUCGUCAAGCUUGCUGGCGUUAAGGAUGACGAGAUUGAGAAGCACCUCUCCACAGAGGUUCGCAAGGCUCUGGCCUCCAAGAAGAUCCAGCUCUUCGCUCUCGACACUGCCGCCUCUGCCAAGGUCGAGGAGCAGCCUGAGCUUGAGAGCUACCUUGUCCAGCUUGCUUUCCUGAAGCUUGCCCGUGGUGAUCUUUACGAGACUGGCGUCAAGAAGCUCGCAGGUGGCAACGAUGCCCUUGAAGCUCUCUCUAAGGAGAUCGACGAUGUCGUCCGCAAAGUCGAGAUCCCUGAGUCUUGGCUCACUGUUGAGCCCGAAGCUAACCAGCCCUCGCUCAUGCCCGAGGACUUGAACAUCAACAGUUUCAUAAAGUUCGACAAGGAGGACCCCGAAGAGGCUUACCUUCUCAGAAACUGGGAGAAGGUUGCCAAGGGUCUUGUCUUUAAGGAGGCUUACGGCACUCAGAACGCUCUUCGUCCCGACCUCAGCGUCAAGACUGCAGUUGUCACCGUCAAGGAGCGUCGCCGCCUGACCCCUAGAACCUACGAUCGUAACAUCUUCCACAUCGAGUUUGAUCUCGGUGAGACUGGUCUUACCUAUGCUAUCGGCGAGGCUCUUGGUAUUCACGCCGAGAACGACAAGACCGAGGUCGAGGAAUUCAUCAAGUGGUACGGUCUCAACCCUGAUGAGGUUGUCGAGGUUCCUUCUCGCGAGGACGCCCAGGUUCUCGAGAACCGCACUGUUUACCAGGCCCUUCUCCAAAACGUCGAUAUCUUCGGACGUCCUCCCAAGCGCUUCUACGAGGCUCUCGCCGAGUACGCCUCAGACGAAGCCGAGAAGACCCAGCUGCUCUUGCUUGGUACCGGUGGUAACCAGGAAGCCCAGGUUGACUUCAAGCGUCGUGCUGAGGUUGACACUGUCACCUAUGCUGACCUCUUGCUCGAGUUCCCCUCUGCUCACCCUUCGUUCCACGACAUCGCCCGUCUGGUGGCUCCUAUGAAGCGUCGUGAAUACUCUAUUGCUUCUUCGCAGAGAGUCACUCCCAACUCUGUCACCCUGUGUAUUGUUACUGUCAACUGGGUCGAUCCUAAGGGUCGUGAUCGCUUUGGUCAAGCUACUCGUUACCUCAACGCUCUUGAAGUCGGUCAGACUGUCACCGUCUCUGUCAAGCCCUCGGUCAUGAAGCUUCCACACAAGUCAACCGCCCCCAUCAUCAUGGCCGGUCUUGGUACGGGUCUUGCUCCCUUCCGCGCUUUCGUCCAGGAACGUGCCUGGCAGAAGGAGCAAGGCAUGAACAUUGGUGCCGUCAUGCUUUACAUGGGUUCUCGUCACCAGAAAGAGGAGUAUCUUUAUGGUGAGGAAUGGGAGGCAUACCAAGACGCUGGCAUUAUUACUCACAUGGGUUGUGCUUUCUCUCGUGAUCAGCCCGAGAAGAUCUACAUUCAGGAUCGCAUGCGCGAGACUUUGAAGGAGAUUCGCCAGGCUUACCUUCGCGAUGAGGGUGCCUUCUACCUCUGUGGUCCUACCUGGCCCGUGCCUGAUGUCACCAAUGUCCUUGAGGAGGCCAUUGAGGUUGAGGCCAAGGAGAACGGCAAGAAGGUCGACUCUCGCAAGGUUAUUGACCAGCUCAAGGAUGAGGAGAGAUACGUUCUCGAAGUCUACUAG